AUGUCAUCAGGGUUUAGAGUUAAGCACAAAUUAGAUCAUCUUGAUGAAGGUGAAGAAAUGGAGCUGGUGCUUGCUGAUUCUUCCAUUACAGAUGAAAACGAAGAACUCUUGAUAAAUCCUCAUCUGGAAGCUCUGAAUCGGGCAAAAACUAAUCAAAAAAUAAAGCAAAUCGCAAAUACCAAAGGAAUUAACCAUUCAUAUGAUGAUUCUGAGUCUAAAACACUUCUUUCAAAAUAUGAUGACCCCUCAAUUAAAGAAGAAGGCUUUUUUCUUGACCAAUCUGGGAAUUUUAAGCCUCCUUCUCAUGAAGAAUCCAAAAUUCAAGGCACUACUUCAUUAGAUGUCAAAAAAAGUGUUGCCAAAGAAUACCAGGACUUUAAGCCUCCUAAAAAGCGGGCAAGAGCUAUGGACUUUUUAGAAGGUUCACGCACAGAGAGACAGGAAAAAUAUAUGGAAGCAAGAAAACAAAUGAAGCUUUCGAGCAUAAUUGGUGAAGAUGAAGACGAAGACUUGCAUAAAAGUUUGCAAAAAUCACUAAAUAAAGCAAACCGAAUAAAUGCCACUCGUAUUGAAACCCCAAUUACUCAAGAAGGCGAAGAAUACACAGAUACUUCGCAAUUUUUAAGCUCAGUUCAACCAAUCCAGCCUAGGAAUUUAAAUUUGACACUUAAAGAUGCAAGGGAUGGGACAGUCUCAGUGUCAAAUAUAACUCUUCCUACUGAAAGAAUCAAAGGAAACUCUUCAUCAACUAUUCAAACUAGCAAUCCUGAAAUCUAUGAUAAAGCAAAAGAAGAAAAUAAAACAGCUGAGCCAGUAAUUAAAGAAGAGCCAAAAAUUGACCGAGGACUAGCUGGCUGUUUAGCUUUAUUAAGAGAAAGAGGAGAAUUAAAUAAAAAGUUUUAUUUUGGAAGAUCAAAGGAUAAAGUUAGCGAAGAAGAGGAAGAUAGGGCUUAUAGAGAUGAUAAAGGAAGACUUCUCACUAAAAAGCAAGCGUUCAGAAACCAAUGCUAUGCUUUCCACAACCAAAAACCAGGUAAAAAUAAACAGAAAAAACUUAAUGAAAAAGAAAAGAUCCAAAUGAAGCAAGAAAAGCUGGACCCUUCCAAAGGCUCUGCGACGUUUAUGGCUGCGAAGUCUAUAAUGACCAAGAAAGAAACUCCUUAUGUUAUCAUUUCCAAGAAUUAA